GGCCUGUUCCAGGGAGCGGGGCUCCGUACGGUCCGAAAUAAAAAAGCGAUGGAGACUGCAGGCUUAGUGUAUGACCCACGGAGCAGAAAAAAACCCGUCCCUGCAUUCCUGUAGCCUGGAGACCAUGCGCUCCCCUUUCAGCCCGCGCUCACCAGUGACAGUACCAAUUUGAAUAAGAAUCACUCCAUUUAGGAUCAGGGUCGGAGGGAGGGAGCGCUGCCCCAUCAGUCCCGCUCGCUCGCUGCACUAUUACUUGUUUGUUUUCACAUUGCUAGUGUUCUCACGCUGCACGUCAGUAUAACACCCCCCCCCCCCCCCAUGCAUCAUUGGGGGGCCGGACCCAGAGAUAAGAUACUGAAUUUUUGUCAUUUAAGUUUCUGACGACUUUUAGUCCUUGGCAUCAAGUUGUAGAAGAUACGAGUGACAGUGACGUCAACUUCAAGGAGGAACACACUAGAAUUUGCCAAGAAAUCCUGAGACAUUGAAUUGCAGAUGACGCAUUGGAAAAUUAUAUGGCGGCAUGGAUUUUUGCCUCUCCUGAUUUUGGUGAAAGUUCUGGGGGCAGCAGCCGAGGAACCGGACCUGAUCCACCAUGGAUGUACAGAGGGAGGCUGUUAUCCAGCUACAGGAAAUCUUCUCAUUGGACGGGCUCAGAGUCUCACCUCCACCUCCACCUGCGGAAUGGAGACCUCUCAGGAGUACUGCAUCGUCAGCCAUCUUUCGGAGUCAGAGAAGUGCUUCAUCUGUGACUCGCGUGUCCCGCACCAGAGGGGGAGCCAAAGAAUUCAAAAUGUCAUUUACCUGACAGGACUGGAUGGAGAGAAGACAUGGUGGCAGUCGGAAAACGGGGUGGAGAUGGUCAGCGUACGGCUGGACCUGGAGGCAGAAUUUCACUUCACUCAUCUCAUCCUGAAGUUUAAGACGUUCCGGCCGGCCGCCAUGUUGAUAGAAAGAUCUUCAGAUUUUGGGCGCACCUGGAAAGUCUACCGUUACUUCUCCUAUAACUGCACCAAGAUGUUCCCCGGCGUCCCGGUCAACGCCCUCCAUAAGAUUGAUGAUGUCAUCUGUGAUCAGAGGUACUCGGACAUCGAGCCAUCCACUGAAGGAGAGGUGAUUUUCAAAGUCCUAGAUCCAGCCAUUAAAGUGGAAGAUCCUUACAGUUUGGAGAUUCAAGAACUUCUCCAGAUUACGAACUUGAGGAUAAACUUCACCAAGCUGCACACCUUGGGAGACAACCUGUUGGAUCAGCGGGCAGAGGUCCUGCAGAAGUACUACUAUGCUGUGUAUGAGCUGGUGGUCCGCGGGAGCUGCUUCUGCUAUGGCCAUGCCUCUGAAUGUACUCCUGUAGAAGGCAUCGAAGGAGGAGUGGAGGGAAUGAUCCAUGGCCGAUGUGUUUGCAAACAUCAUACAACUGGCCUGAACUGCGAGCACUGCCAGGACUUCUACCAUGAUGUUCCAUGGAGGCCGGCAGAACACAACAACCCUCACUCCUGCAAACAAUGCAACUGCAACAACCAUUCCAGGAAGUGCCACUUUGACAUGGCGGUGUACCUGGCCACCGGAGGGGUGAGUGGAGGGGUGUGUGAUGAUUGCCAGCACAACACCAUGGGGCGCAACUGUGAGCAGUGCAAACCUUUCUACUACCUGAACCCCUGGUCAGAUAUCCGGGCAGACACCGCCUGCAUCCCUUGUGACUGUGACCCAGUGGGUUCUUCGGACGGUGGUGUCUGUGAUAGUCACACGAAUGUCAACCUGGGGAUGAUCGCGGGUCAGUGUCGUUGUAAGGAGAACGUCAAGGGGGAACGAUGUGACAGCUGCAAAGAGAACUUCUAUGGACUCAGCAGAAACGACCCUGAGGGCUGCCAACCAUGCCGAUGCGACCCCCGGGGGAUCAUAGCGGGAAGCACACCAUGUGACCAUAUUAGCGGCGACUGCUACUGUAAGCGGUUUGUGACGGGACGAUACUGUAACCAGUGUCUGCCCGAGUUUUGGGGUCUCAGUAACGACAUGAUGGGUUGCCGACAGUGCAAUUGCGAUUUUGGCGGAGCGUACAAUAAUAGGUGCUCCUUUGAGGAUGGUCAGUGCGACUGUCGUGCUAACGUCAUAGGUCGGCAGUGUGACGACGUACAGCCCGGCUAUUACUGCAUGCCUCUGGAUUAUUACACAUACGAAGCAGAAAACGCAAGGGGGCUUUCACCCACAGACCCUCAAACACCGGGCGACCUCAAACCAGAAGCUCCGACGGACUGUGUGGAAUACUACAAUGGUAUUCAGAAUGGAAAGAAAGUUAGACUGCGCCGUCACCGGAGGACGAUCCGUUUUCUCCAGCAGAGGUCGUCACGCCGCAGAGCUCGACAGCUACAGCAGAAGCCAGACACGGAGAUAAUCCGCCGCGAACACUCGCCGGAUCACAUGAUCACCUGGACUGGACCGGGGUUUGCCAGAGUCAGAGAUGGAGCCGGUCUCUUGUUUCAUGUCGACAACAUCCCGUACCCGAUGGACUAUGACAUCAUGAUCCGAUACGAGCCGGAGUCUGCCGAGGACUGGGAGGCGGUUGUCAGCGUGACCUCACAGACGUUACCCAUGAGCCCGCGCUGCGGAAACGUGCUGCCUUUUGAGCAGCGGUACAAGGAAAAAUUGCCUCAUUCUGAAAGGUAUAUCGUCCUGCCAAAAGCCUUCUGCUUUGAGUCAAACAACCAGUAUGAGGUAACCAUCCGCCUCCAGAGGUUUCAGGCUACGAACCGACAUCCCGGCAACUUUAUCCUCAUUGACUCGCUCGUCCUCCUGCCAAAGUUUUCGGAACUGCCCGGUUUCUAUGGAAGCGACCCCAUGUCUGUGCAUCACCGAGAGGAGAUGGAAAACUACAGGUGUUUGGAGUCCUUCAAGAUGGCGACCAUGCCGACCCUGGCAGAAAUGUGCGUGAAGUUAAUCUGCAGCAUCUCGGCCAUCAUCCACGACGGAGCAUUACCGUGUAACUGUAACCUCCAGGGUUCCCUCAGCGCAGUCUGUGACAAAAUUGGAGGACAGUGCAUGUGCAAGCCGAACGUGAUUGGUCAGCGCUGCGAUCAGUGUGCUCCUGGAACCUAUGGAUUUGGCCCCUAUGGAUGCAGCAAAUGUGACUGUCACCCUCAAGGCUCCACAUCUCGAUUCUGCAACCCCCUAACCGGGCAAUGUCAGUGCCAUGGCAAUGUGGCUGGCAGACAGUGCGAUCAGUGCUUGCCCGGGCAGUGGGGCUUCCCUAAUUGUAAGCCUUGCCAAUGCAACGGGCACUCUGAAGAAUGUGACCCCAAGACUGGAACCUGCAUCGCGUGUAGGGACUUCACAAUCGGCCGACACUGUGAUAAGUGUUUGGAUGGUUAUUAUGGAGACCCUAUUCUUGGAACUGGCCAGCAGUGUCGCCCCUGCCCUUGCCCUGGGUAUCCUGGCACUAAGAAUUACCAUGGCAGCUCUUGUUACGCCGACCGUGAUUCUGGGCACAUUGUUUGCCUGUGUGCACCUGGUUAUACCGGUUCGCGGUGUGACAGUUGCUCCCCUGGAUACUUUGGGAACCCUGACCGAGAUGGGGGCGAAUGUCGCCCCUGCCAGUGCAACAACAACAUCGACCCCACGGACCCUGAGUCAUGUGACUCCCGGACGGGCAUGUGCUUGAAAUGCCUGUACAAUACAGACGGGCAUCACUGCGGAGAGUGCAAAGCCGGUUACUUUGGGAGCGCCAUCCUGCGCAACUGCCGCCGCUGUACGUGCAAUGAGCUGGGUACGCUGCAAUCGCACUGCUCCAGAGACACCUGCUACUGCGACAGAGCGACCGGACACUGCCCCUGCCGGGCACACGUCGUUGGCAAGAACUGCGACCAAUGUGCAUCUAACUUCUGGAACUUUGGAGCAGAUUUAGGCUGCGAGCCUUGUGCCUGUGUUCCCAGCCAUUCCUUGAGACAGGACUGCAAUGUGUACACAGGCCAGUGUUAUUGUCGGCCGGGUUUUGGAGGCAGAGUCUGCUCUCAUUGCCAAGAAAAUUACUGGGGAGACCCACAGCGGAAAUGUGAAGCUUGUAACUGUGACGCAUAUGGCUCUGAGAUCCAGCAGUGCGACCACCUGAGUGGUGUGUGCCGAUGCCGGGAAGGGUUCACCGGGCGGCGGUGCAACCAAUGUGCCAGGGGUUUCCGGGACAACUUCCCCAGGUGCUCCGCCUGCCACCAAUGCUUCUAUCAGUGGGACAGUAUAAUCAGCCAGCUCCAGAGCCAGCUCCGAGGCAUCCAGAAGAAGGUGUCCGACCUGCAGGAAGGAGGAGAAGCUCCGGAGAUCAGCUCCAGCCUCAUCCGAGAACUGGACGAUAAACUGCGGAGCGUGAAACAGAUCAUCGGAGACGGAGGCGUCGAGGGGACACGCAUGCUGGAGCAGAUGAACAAACUGGUGAACAAAAUAAGGACGGAGGUGGCUCAGCUCUCCUACCAGCUCCAUUCUCAAGAGAAAAAAAUGAAUGAGACUCAGAGCAAAGACCGAAAGCAAAAAGGAAAACUGGAGAAGCUGACUCUGGACCUGAUCCUGGUCAAUGACACCGUGCACAUUCUGAAAACUCAGAUAGAAGCGAUAGCAGCUUCAGGCUUCAAUGAGACCUACAACAAUAUCCUGAGGUCCUACCUACAGUCUAUAGAUGCUGAGAAGGUGGUCAAUGGUUCGGUAUAUGGAGAUGGAAGCCCCGUAUUCCAAUGCAGAGAGACACGGAUGGAGACAGAGAGACUUUUGAAGGACAAUAUGGAAAGCUACCGGAGGAAUAUGACCGCGCAGAGGACAUCCCUCAAGGAAAUUCAGAAGAAAGUUAAGGAUCUAAAUGUCUUUCAGAUCAACAAGAAGAUUUGUGGUGCCCCUGGGGACAAACCCUGUGAAGAGUCUCCCUGCGGUGGAGCAAACUGCAGAGAUGACCAAGGCCUAAGGAAAUGUGGUGGAGAAAACUGUAAUGGAGCAGUGCCUAUCUCAGCCAAGGCCCUAAUGACCGCACAGGAUGUAAGACAGGACCUGGAAACCAUGGCGAAUCAACUCAAUGACAUCUCGCAGAAGAUUCAAGCUGUUCAGGGAAUUGCGCAAGAAGCAAAGUUACAAAGUGAGUCCACACUGAGCAAAGCCAAGGACACAAAGAGACGGAUUGAAGACUCCACCGAGAAAUUAAGAACUUUUAUUGGCAAGAUUAAAGACUUCCUGACUGAGGAAGGAGCCGACCCAGAGAGCAUUGAGUACGUGGCCACACAGGUGCUGAAGAUCUCUCUUCCCGCCAGCCCCAAUGAUAUCGCCACACUACUCAUGCAAAUCAAGGAGACCAUCGGUAACCUCAGUGGGGUGGAUGCGAUCAUCAAUACUACUUCUGAGGACCUAGCCAAAGCCAAAGACCUACUACAACAAGCCAACGAAGCCAGGGAACGGGCUGAUGGGGUGAGCGAGAACAUCGCUGAGGCCAAAAUCCUUGUGGAUGAAGCCGGGGACAAAGCAAAGGCCGCAGAGAAAGCUGUAAAUGAUGUCAAGCAGAUUGUAAACAGGCUGAAGAACAGCGUGGAAAAGUCCAAGAACAAAAUGGCCGCAGUGGAGGAGACGGAGAUGUUCAUCAUGAAUCGCUUGGGAAAUCUGUCGAAGGAAGUGGAAGAAUUAAUUAAGAAAGUGGAGGCCAACAGAGGGUUGGCCACAGAAGCCAGCGAAAUGGCGAACAAAGCGCUCACCACCACCGACGGACUUGAAGGGGAGAUGGAUGAAGUUAAGAAGAAAUAUCAGGAGCUGAAGGACAAGGUUGGAGGAGUGGACACGUCAUCGGGGACAGCCAUGCAGAAGGUGAAGCGCAUCACAGACGAAGCUCAGGAUUUACUGAAGAAAGCAACUGAUGCGAAGGAAAAGCUGGACGGUCUGGAGGAAAAGUUUAAAUCUAAUGAAGAAGAGAUUAAGUCAAAAAUAUUACAACUUCAGGAGCUGGAGAAUAAAACCUCCGGUCUUCUCGAGGACAUCAGAGAAAGAUCCGUCAUAUAUUCGACUUGUUAACAACUACUCCCAUCAUCAGACACAUCAUUCACCCACCUCCCAAGAUGGAUAGAUACAGCGGUGAGCCCUCAGAGGAACACCAUGCCUCUUUCUUACGGUAAAGGUGGGAAAGCUGAGUGACAACCAAUAUGGCCGCCAUUACCUCUCCCAUAGGGGGUCUGUGUGGGCAGCCAUAUUUAUUGUCACCCAGCUUUCUCGGAAACAGAUGUAACAGAAAUCAUGACGACAAGAUUAUA